ACCGAACAAAUUUGUCCAAAAGGGUUUGCCGUACAGUGUCCACUGAAAUUAUGACGUGUUCUGAACAACUUCUUGUAAACCACACGCGCUUCACCAAACUUUCGUAAAAUUGGUGAACGACUACUUCGCGGACGUACCGAAGCCUCGUCACUGGACGUCCGUUAAGACCUCAUUCGUUCACUCUUCAUGUCCGCUUAAAAAUUGCACGUUGGAUCUGAGCGCCUUAUUUUAGCCUAGCCUAGCUUAAUUUAGCUGGCUAGCCGCUAACAAAGAGAGGUACAUGUAUUGGUGAUCGCUCAGGAGUGAUCAAGUGUUGUGAUUGUCGUGUGAAAAUGUGCGCAAGAAGAACAGCAGAGUACGAGGAGGAACUUUGGGGAGAAAAAGCCGACAGCGAGAAGACAGCAGACAUCAGUGGAAAAUAUCUUGAUUCUGGCCACCAAGAGACGCCGUCCCUUCCCCUUCGAGAGCAACGGGAGGAGCAGGAGCCCUCGCAAAUGAAGGAAGAAGAGGACAAACAAGGGCCUCUUCACAUUAAGGAGGAAGAGCAAGAGGAGGACAUCACCAAGUCACCGUGCGCUGGCGUCCCUCUCAAAAGGGAAUGUGAAGAUGAAGAAGAUGAAGGUCCAAGUGAGGGCGGCGGAGGGGUCGGGCCUCGCGGUAGCUGUAAGUCAAGUCAACACGUGACAACAGAAGAUGAUGGACAAUCACCAGCACACAGACUCUUGGCGCCACUGUCAGACAGUGAUGACCCGAUGUCAUGCUCUCCUUACACUCAUGAUGAUGAUGAUGAUGAUGAUGACAGUCAUACAACAGUUCACACAGACGGCAAACGUUGGAAAUGUUCAGAGUGCGGCAAAACGUAUGCCUCUAAGAGCAGUUUGAAACAACACACGAGAAUGCACACUGGAGAGAAACCUUUUGCCUGUUCACUUUGUGAGAAAAGGUUCUCUCAGAAGGGGGGCUUAACAAUACACACUAGAACGCACACUGGUGAGAAACCCUUUGCCUGCUUGGUUUGCAAUAAGAGAUUUUCUGAGAAGGGAAGCUUAAAACUGCAUACGAGAACGCACACCGCCGGGACCUCUUUUGUCUGCUCAGUUUGUGGUCAAAGAUUCUCUGGCAAGGAAGAUUUAAAACUCCACACAAGGACUCACGUUAAUUGGAAACCGUAUUUAUGCACCAUUUGCGGUAAAAGUUUUACCGCCAACAAAUAUUUGAGAGAGCACUCAACGACACACACCGGCGAGAAGCCGUACGCGUGCACAGUGUGCGGUAAAGGUUUCUUCAAUAAGGGAAAUUUGACAACGCACACGAGAAUGCAUGCGAGAGAGAGGCCUUUUGCCUGCUUAGAUUGUGGUCAACGAUUCUCUCAAGAGGAAGAUUUGCAGCAGCAUGCAAGGACGCACACGGGCGAAAAACCUUACGCGUGCACAGUUUGCGGUAACAGUUUCCUAAACAAGGGCCAUUUGACAACGCACACCAGAAUACACGCUGGGGAGAGACCUUUUGCUUGCUCGGAUUGUGGUCAAACGUUCACUCGAAGGGACCAUUUGGCAAGCCACAUAAGAACGCAUACACGCUAGGGAACGUCGGGGCCUGCUCGGUUUGUCAACCGUGAUUCCGCCGUCCCUCACAUUGGACGGUGUAUUUACAACAAGGAUCCACAUACUAUGGAUUAGAUCUGUCUUUUUUUUGCCCGCUUUUUUUCUCCUUUCUGUCAUGAACAAGUUGAAAAUUCUGAAAAAUAAAAAAGUUCCAAAAAAAAAGUUUUGCCUCUCAUCCGAGCGAGCUUCAAAUUCUCAGGCAUUGACGUUUAACUGUAAAUCACCUCAGAUAAAACAAAUGAAACUUCAAAAAUAAAACAAGAAUCGAAGAAAGUGAAUGACUGAAUGAUAGACUGUGAAGAAAUGUGGACUCCUGGUGGCAAAGUGUCAAUGGGAUCCUGAAUAAAAUACAACUUGAGGCAGAGCGACUCAGUG